AAUAGAGCAGAGCAUAGUACUGCACAGCAGAAUAGAGCAGUGUAACGUAGAGCUAAACUCACUGACACUGGCAAAUAACCAGACCAGACCGACCACUAUCAAAUCAAACUAACAACGAAAUACACGUAGCAAACGUUUCAUUUCCAACGUACGGACGUAGUAUAGUAAAAUAUUUAGACAAAAAAAAAAGAAAAAAAACAUUCAAAAGCUAAACAAAUUUUUGUUUUUUCAUUUGUAUUGUUUUCUUUGUUUGAACCAAAAAAAAAUUGGUUUUUUCGUUUCAUUUUAAUAACAAUUUGAAAAACUUUGAACAUUUAGUGCGCAAUUAAAUGAAAAAUUACAAAAAACAAACAAGAAACAAAAAAAAACUUAAUAAUAAAUAUAUCGAUGCAAAAGAUUUUAAUUGAAAAUAAUUUGAAAAUCUCAUAACAAAACAAUAAAAGUGCAAUUGAAAUUGGAAAAAAUUUCAUUGAAAUUACAUCAUUCGGAGUGCAUUCGAAAGCAAGCGAACAAGCAAGAAAGUAAGACGGAGGAAACUAAGAAAAAUCAGUAGCCAAGCAGGAAGGUUGGAGGAAAGAAGACAGCUGAACUAAAGUAAGAACAACGUAAUUCUUAAAAACAUCUUCGCGAGUUUAUGGGAGAACCACUGCAGUGACAAGUGAAUGUGGGUUGAAGACACCACUGAACGGAAAUUUUAAAUUUGUCAUCACCAGCACAGUUGCAGCUAAAUUCUGCAUCAUUCACAUCAUCAUCUGCAGCAGCCGUAGAAUUAUCAUCACUUUUUAAAAGGGACCCCUUAUAGAGUUCCAGCAGAUAUUGCCACAUUGCUCUGCCUAGAGCACCCCUCACACUACGCUCUUGUAACGCAUUUCAAGCAACGCAUGCCACUGGUUUUUAUGCAACAACAAAAAACUCAAUAAACCCAGUAACAAAACAAAGGCAAAAGCAAAACAUAAACGUAAACGUAAACAAACGCAAAAAGUAGAAGAAGAACAACAACAACAAAUCUUGUGAAAAACUUUUGCCAACAAAAGCCUAGAAGCAAAACACACGAAGCUUGCUAGCAAAACAACAAAGCAGAGAAUGUAAUUGAAACCAAUUAUCGAUUUUCCAGAGCAUGUUUUAGCGAAUUAAUCAACCAACCGUUCAACAAAGACAUUAUUAUUGUGUUUCAAUGUAAAUGUUAAAAAAAACAAGACGACAACUUGAAUUAGCAACAAAAAAGAAAAAUAUUUAAUAACAAGGAAAUCAUCUUGUUAUAAAAUUAAUUAAACGGAAAAUAAUAACAAAUACCAAACACUCAGUCACUCACUCACUCACUCACCCCCGGCCCCUUUAGACGAAACUCCAAAUCAAACAAAGACUCAGCAAGGCAAGGAUUUCCAGCAAUAUGCCGUCUUUAUUAGAAGCUAUCGAACGUAAAUAUUUUUCCGAUUGCGAUUACGAUGCGGAAGCCAAUAAAGAAAUUACCUUAAGUGGCAAAGACAAAGACUCAACCACGUCUUUAUCAACAUCACCCUCUUCAUCGUCGUCGUCAACGUCGGGUGAACGUUUAAUUUCCAUUUUCAUACCAAGGCUGCCGCCUCUGCUCUGUGUACCCGAGCUGUUGGUGCUAAAUGACUGUGACAUUGAUAGUGCUGGCGACUUUGACAGCAUUAAAGACAAAUGCAAACGUGUGCGUGAACUGGAUUUGGCUCAAAAUAAAUUGCAGGAUUGGCAAGAAGUCUUUCACAUCGUGGAGCAUAUGCCACGCAUUGAGUUUCUGAAUUUAAGCAAGAACACCUUGUCCCGACCCCUGGCCAAGCUCUAUAUACCGCCCAUAACCAAUCUAAAGGGCAUUGUCUUGAAUGGCACUUAUCUCAACUGGGACAGUAUUGAUGUUUUGCUGGAGAAUCUGCCCGUUUUGGAGGAGCUACAUUUAAGUCUAAAUGAUUACGACGAGGUGCUUUUAGAUACUCAUGACUUGCCCGCCGCCUGUUGUUGCCAGCACGAUAAAAAUGAUGAUGGAAAAGCCUGUGAUACGUUAAACUCUUGCUGCUGCUCGCCCACAAUGAAAAAAUGCAAAAAGAUUUCACCACACAAAGCCUUGAAAACAUUGCAUUUCACCGGUAAUCCCGUAGAAAAGUGGCCGGAAAUAUGUCGUUUGGGCAGAAUAUUCCCACACAUGGAGAACCUGGUGCUAGCUGAUUGCCCCAUAAGAGCUAUAGAAUUUAAGGACACCAACACUACAAGCCCCCCCAAUCCCUUAAACAACACACAAAACGAUAACAACGAACCAGCCGAGGACUCUGCCACCUUAACAGAGGAUUCUCCCCAGCGUCACUUUCCCAACUUGCUAUUCCUCAAUCUCAGCUAUGCCUCCAUCAACACCUGGGACGACAUAGAUCGCCUGGCCACGUUUCCCAAACUGAAAAAUUUACGUGUAAAAAAUUGGCCACUUUGGGAACGUCUGGAGUGUACCGAACAUGAACGCCGUCAAUUGCUUAUAGCCCGCUUGCCUAACGUUGCCAUACUAAAUGGUGGCGGUAUUAUCACUGCCGACGAACGUGAAGAUGCCGAAAGAGCUUUCAUACGCCACUACAUGGACAAGCCGGAACACGAGAGGCCUUUGCGUUACGACGAACUGGUAGCUAAACACGGCCAACUCGAUCCCCUGGUCAACAUAAGUCUUAAACCCGAUAAACGCGUUAAAAUCCUACUAACCUAUCAAGACAAAACCGAGUCUCGCCUGGUCGACAUUUAUCGCACUGUAGCCGAUCUUAAGGUGAAAUUGGAAAAAAUUAUAGGUCUGCCUGCCAAUAAGAUGCGUUUAUACUAUCUGGAUCAGGACUACAAGGAGUUUGGACCCGAGGAAAUGCGCUUCCCCAAUAAAUUAUUAUACAGUUACAACAUACAAGCCAAUGAUGAAAUCAUUGUCGAUGUCAAGAAGUGAAAAGUUAACUUUCUUAUGAUGUGCACACGAUUAAUAUGUACUUUAAUCUUACACAAAAUUGCUAUAAUUAUUCUUAAUUAAAAAUAUUCUUAUCAUAAUUCUUAUGUAUUCUAAUAUAUUCUACUGUAUUGUAUUGUGCUCGUACUGUAUGUUCAUUUUCUUUAUAUAAAACUUUAGGUUUUAAUUUUGAAUUUGAUAUUAAAUUUUAAUUUCAUUUAUAUAUAUUUAAUAAUAAUAGUAAUAAUAAUAACAUGUGUAAAUAAUGUAACUAAACUUUUAAAUAAAUAAUAAUGAAAUGUAAAUAAGUAAAAGGUUAAAAUAAUAACAAUAGCAAUAUAAAAUAAAAUAAAUAACAACAAAACUUAAUUAACAAAUAAAACGUAAUGAUAUUGAGACAA